GGCAACAAAUGCACUAGUGCUUCCCUUGACAGUCACACCAACUUGACUGAAAUCACAAAGUCAAUGGAUCUACUUUGGCGGAAUAAUAUCAACUCUGAUCAGGUCACUCUGGGCAUUGCGUUCUACGCCCGUGCAUUCACAGUAGCAGAUCCUAGUUGCCAAACGGCAGGCUGUGCUUUUGCGUCCGGUUCCAGAAGCGGUAACUGUAGCAUGCAGACCGGGGUUCUCCUGAAUAGCGAGUUCGAUGAGAUCCGGAAAGUAUACGGGGUUAAGCCAACCUUGGAUAAGGAGGCAGCGGUGGAAGUUCUCACCUGGGACAAGGACCAGUGGGCAACCUAUGAUGAUGCAACAACCUUCAAACUUAAGAUUGACUUUGCUAAGCGCUUCUGCCUGGGUGGCAUCAUGGUAUGGGCCGUGAGCCAUGACACCUAUGAUGCAGCCUACUCCUUGAUACUACAGGCCCACAGUCCCUCGAUCAAGCGAUCGCCCAUCAUCAAAUCGCUCGUGACAUAUCAUGACCAGACCGUCACUGUCGUAGAGAAAGCUGAGUCUAAGCAAUGUCGAUGGACCGGUUGCGGUGCUCUUUGUCCUAGUGACCUGGUAACUGUGUACCGCAGCGAUCCUGGAGCCCGCCAUGGGGAAUUGAUGCUUGACGGGACCGGCUGCCCC